CAACUAAUUGCGGAUAUUGCGGGAAGAGAUGGCGCUCGUCAUUUGGCCAUGAGAUGAACCAUUAUUUUACAGCAAGAGUAUUGUUUACAAAAUUAGCUGGAUUCAUCGAAAUUAUGUACUGUCAGGUUUCAGUUGUAAUAUUUGACCUAUAAUUCGUGAAUUUCAUAUCUAAACUACUUCACAAAUCCACAACAGGACUGCGUGUGCGACCGUCUAGUGAUAGAGCUCCCUUCUCGAUCACCCGAUCCCGUUACCCAGCGAGAGGCGCGCUUGUCAACCGCACACUGCACUUUGCAGCCUCGCCUCGCCUCGAAACCUAGAACUCGUAGAAGCUGAAGUUGACUGUAUCACUGCACUGCUGUGUACUGAGCUGAGAACAGGAAAGGAGGGUUGAAUUUUUGUCAAACAUGGCAACAAAAAGAGCAUGGAAGCUACAGGAGCUGGUUGCCCAUAGCAGCAAUGUGAAUUGUCUAGCCCUAGGGCCCAAGAGCGGUCGAGUGAUGGUGACCGGUGGUGAAGACAAGAAGGUCAAUCUCUGGGCAGUGGGCAAACAGAACUGUAUCAUUAGUUUGUCAGGUCACACAUCACCUGUGGACAGUGUGAAAUUCAACAGCAGUGAGGAAUUAGUGGUCGCUGGUUCUCAGUCUGGUACAAUGAAGAUAUAUGAUUUGGAACCAGCAAAAAUUGUAAGAACACUGACUGGUCACAGAAAUAGCAUUAGAUGCAUGGACUUUCAUCCAUAUGGGGAGUUUGUGGCUUCAGGCUCAACAGAUACAAAUGUGAAGCUUUGGGAUGUGAGAAGGAAAGGAUGCAUCUAUACAUACAAGGGUCAUUCAGAUCAGGUCAAUAUGAUUAAGUUCAGUCCAGAUGGCAAAUGGCUUGUCACAGCAAGUGAAGAUACAACAAUAAAGCUCUGGGACUUGACCAUGGGUAAACUAUUCCAAGAGUUUAAGAACCAUACAGGAGGUGUGACCGGUAUUGAGUUCCAUCCAAAUGAAUUCCUAUUAGCUUCAGGGAGCUCAGACAGGACAGUACAAUUCUGGGAUCUAGAAACAUUUCAGCUUGUGAGUUCAACCAGCCCAGGUGCCAGUGCUGUUAGAUCGAUAUCAUUCCAUCCUGAUGGUUCCUACCUGUUCUGUAGCAGUCAGGACAUGUUACAUGCGUUUGGUUGGGAACCAAUCAGGUGCUUCGAUACAUUCUCAAUGGGCUGGGGCAAGGUAGCCGAUACCGUUAUUGCAUCAACUCAGCUCAUUGGUGCGUCGUUCAAUGCCACUAACGUGUCCGUCUAUGUGGCAGAUCUGUCGAGAAUGAGUACUACCGGUAUAGCCCAAGAACCACAGAGCCAACCCAGCAAGACACCUUCUGGUGGUGCAGAGGAGGUCCCAUCUAAACCUCUCGCAGCUAGCGGUAGAAAGAACUUUGUCAGAGAAAGACCCCAUACUACAUCCAGUAAACAAAGACAACCUGAUGUGAAGUCGGAACCAGAAAGGCAGUCUCCUACACAGGAUGAAGGGGUUAAAGAUGAUGAUGCAACAGACAUCAAAGAUCCAGACAGCUAUGCAAAGAUAUUUAGUCCAAAGACAAGAGUUGAUCAUUCACCAGAGAGAAAUGCACAACCAUUCCCUGCACCUUUAGACGUUCCUGGUGCAAAGGAGCCUGAACCUUUCAAGCACCCACCCCAACCAGCAGCAGCAGUGGCACCUGUAAGCAGAGCCCCUGCACCAUCAGCCGGUGAUUGGCAACCUGCACAGGCCAACCCAGCACCCAACAGGGUACCUGCAGCCACCAAACCAGUACCAGCACAAGAGGUUGCUCCUUCAAGGAAACCUGAUCCUAUAUCCACCAUUAUCCCCUCAGACAGAAACAAGCCAGCCAACUUAGAUAUGGAUGCAUUCCUACCGCCAGCCCAUGCCCAGCAAGCACCACGUGUAAACGCCCCCGCCUCAAGAAAGCAGAGUGAUAGCGAGCGCAUCGAGGGUCUGAGGAAAGGGCAUGACUCGAUGUGUCAAGUUCUUUCUAGUAGACAUCGGAAUCUAGAUGUGGUACGGGCUAUCUGGACGGCUGGUGAUGCAAAGACGUCUGUGGAGUCGGUUGUGAACAUGAAGGACCAAGCAAUACUGGUAGACAUUCUCAAUAUUAUGCUCCUUAAAAAGUCAUUAUGGAAUUUAGACAUGUGUGUUGUUGUGCUACCCAGACUGAAAGAACUCCUUUCCAGCAAGUAUGAAAACUAUGUCCAUACAUCAUGUGCCUGCCUGAAACUGAUAUUGAAGAACUUUACCAGUCUUUUCAACCAGAAUAUCAAAUGCCCACCAUCCGGUAUAGACAUUACCAGGGAAGAAAGGUAUAACAAGUGCAGUAAAUGUUACAGCUAUCUGAUUGCCACGCGGGGCUACGUGGAGGAGAAGCAGCACGUAUCGGGCAAGUUGGGCAGCUCAUUCAGGGAGCUACACCUCUUACUAGACCAGCUAGAAUAGGGAGAAGGAGCUAUCAAUCUCCCCUGAUGAGUGUGUGUUUGAAGGCAAGACAGGGUUGUCUCUCUGUACUGCUCUAUCAUAGCUGUACUCUGUCAUGUGAUCUAAAGGAGGAUGCAUUCAUGUCAUACAUUCAUCUUUGAAUGCAAGACAGGGUUGUUUCUUGUACUGCUCUAUCAUAGCUAUACUCUGUCAUGUGGUAGGCAGGAGAAUCCAUUCAUGUCAUGCAUUCAUGUUUGAAUGCAAGACAGGGUUGUCUCUUGUACUGCUCUAUCAUAGCUAUACUCUGUCAUGUGGUAGGCAGGAGAAUCCAUUCAUGUCAUGCAUUCAUGUUUGAAUGCAAGACAGGGUUGUCUCUUGUACUGCUCUAUCAUAGCUAUACUCUGUCAUGUGGUCGACAGGAGAAUCCAUUCAUGUCAUACAUUAAUCUUUGAAUGCAAGGUGGAGAUGCAAUCAAUUUGAAACCUAACCCUAGACAGAAAUAAAGACAAACCUGUAACAAUUUAUAUGAGAUGCAACAACCCACCCCUGCAAGAAAUAUAUAGUCCAAUGGAGUCUUUGCAAGCCAUACAUGUCUGUAGGCAGAUGAAUAAUUGUAGUCAUGCUAAUAUAAUAGCCUACAAUUCAGUGAGUGCAUUCAAAGGUUCUAUUAACCCAUUACUUGCGUGAACCAGGUGGUCUCUGUAUAAAGCCUAUGGGAAUGCAAGAACCAAGCUGUCACAGGUUAAGCCUUGUUCAGAUAGGAAGUGGUGUUGCGGGUAAGCCUGAAUCCGAUGACCGGGGUAAUAAUUUGUGCUGCGCCUAGAAACAAAGUAUCAGGCGCAUUAUAAAUGUGAGCUAUUAUUAUUAAAACGCAGUGGAUUGAUGACUUAACCAUAAUACACUUCGCAUUUCUCCAUCUUAUAACAAAAAGCUCAGUGAAUGCUUGUAGGAUCUUUGUUGCAUGCAGCUGCCAUUCGUUUACACGUUUUUAUACAAAACUGUCGCAGUGUACCACUUCAUAUGGACCGCGUAUUAUAAAAAGUUCUGAUAGAUCUUAAGUUUGAUCAAUACGUGAUGAGCAAUAGACUUACACUCAAUAUUAACCUUACGAUCAAUCAAAAGGCUUUUUAAUAGAUGGCCAUGAUGGAGCAAACCUUUAGGAUAAUAAUAAUAAUACUCAGUUUUUAUAUAGCGCUUAUUAGAAUCACUGAGCGCUUCCAAACUUGGAGAUUAUUACCCCGGCUUUAGCUGUGCUGCCAUUGUGGCGCUCUAGCAUUUCAAAGAAUUGUUGUAGGUCGAGGAUGCCUCAGAAACCUUACAGUCAUGUCUUAUGAUGAAAGGCUUCUGCAGCCAUGGCUCCUGUUAUCCCCAGGGGGGCUCGUAAUGCUCAUGUUGACAUUGGUUUUAAUUUGAAUCUUGUACACUUCAAAAUAUGCUCAUGUUGACUGGGUUUUAAUUUGAGUCGUGGAUCUUGUACGGAUUCAGUAAAGCUGAGCUUCACUGUGGCACUGUGGGCAGAAUUAUCCAAUUAGAUUAACUCUUCAAAGUAAAUUAACCAUUCAAAACAAGAUGUGUUGUUUGUCUUGGUCACAUGUUAAGGAUAUCUGAUCAUUGUUACUGUGGAUUAGUUAAUCAGAUUUGUACAAAACAAAAUGCAUUUUAAAAAUCAAUUACAAAACCAAGGGUCUGUACAGUGCUUGAAACUAACUUAUAAUUAAAUGUUAUACUUAUUAAUUUUAUACAAGUCAUCCAAACUUGUCUGAACAGUUCUUUCAUCAUUAAGACUAAAACAUAUUUUGAGAACAGGUAUGAUAUUGGCUCAAUUUGGACUGGGGGGAGGCAAGAUGUUUGACAUGGAGUGGGCUCUGGAGCUCUUAUAGUACAUCAAACUUUUAAGGUUAUUUUGACAUGGUUUAUACCAAGUUUGUGAGGGAAGUUUCGUUGAAAGGGGUAGUGGAAUGAAAGCAAGUGAGAGAAUACCAACUCUGUCUGAUACCUUGCAUCAUAUACUUAAAGAAUGUACUUAGGUAGAAAGAAGAUAUUAUAUUUCUUUUUUCGAAAGUUCUACUUCAGGUUUGAUUACUUAGAAUUCCUGAUUACUCUGUUAACAUUUGUUAGUGAGAGUUAAUUCUAUUGUUGCUUACACAGUUUCUCUUUACUUAACAUGUACACAGCCAGCUUUGUGCAGACAUUAAAGAUGGUUUGGCCUUUUUCAGAACUAAAAACCUGAAGUUCCAUGUAUGCAGGGGUAUAUUAAAGAGGCCUAUUAUUGGGAACCUCCCACCAAAAGCUCUUGACAGACAGUUUUUGGAAUAGGGUUAAGAUUCAAGCUUUAUUAUUUGCAAAACUUUGCAAUAAGUAUGAAUAUGUUUGUUGUAUGAAGCUUUCAUAACUUUUAUUUUUCCUGAUCUUGCAUAAUUUUAAUUCAUCUUUCAUUUUCUUUCCAUAACUCAUUCUAUUCCAUCAUAUUAUUAUUGCAAUUAUACAAAUAAUAUAUGCACACAUGAUUUGUAUGGUAACUGGGAUAUAUUGGUCCAAUAAUGACUAUUACUUUUAUUUGGGUGUUGUCUUUAAAAAUGUUUGCUGUGUUGUAGUGAUUAUUUUUUUCUUUUGAUGUUAGUACCGGUAUUCAAGCCAUGGAUUGGAUGUACAAUAAAAACCUGCCUUUUAUUCCUAGAGAAUGUAUAAUAAAGGAGAAAUAUAGAGUAGGAACCUCAUUUCUAUAAAUACGCUUGUGAUGUAUGAAUUCAUAUUUCAGUCCUUCAGUUUGAGGACGAUGCUGCACUUUGGGGACUUAGAUAGAAUCAAAUAACACGUUUCUGCUUUAAUAUGUAACAUGAGUAGCAUGUGGUCGCUGUCUGUCCUUUUCAACUUGCUAUUAUGUUAUUCAAUUCUCUGACAUCUUUCUUCUCUCUGUCUCCUUCUC